UAGAGGGCCCCAAGCCCCGUGGGGAAGUGCGUAGAACGAACAAGGCCUUCCGAGAACUCUCCAGGCGGCGGCUCGCUUGCUGCCUCUCUGCUCCCACCGCCGGCGGCCUCCUCCCCCCGCCCCUCCCGUGAGCAGCUUGACCCAGCACCGAGAGCUGGCCGCAUCGGGCGCUGUCGGCAUGGCGAGCAGCGGGGGAGGCGCGGCUGCGGCGCGGAUGGACCCCGAGGCGGCGACGGAGCUGGCGCGGAAGGGGGUCACGCUGCUGCUCCUCGACGUGCCCCAGCACACCGUCCUCGGCCUCGACACGCAGGUGUUCUCGGUGGGCCCCAGGUUCAGAGGGAUCAAGAUGGUGCCCCCAGGCCCGCAUUUCCUCCACUACUGCUCCCCCAGCAGGCACGGGAAUGAGUUCGCGCCGACAGUCGGAUUCUUUCUUACCACUCACCCAUCUCAGGUGGUCGUUCGAAGAUGGCAUGCUCAAGAGGAGAGACUAGUGACACUGUCAGAAGAGGAGGAAAUCAGAUACUCUGAAGCAGUAAAACGUUUCGAGUUCGAUGAUCAGCUUGGGCCAUACAAUUUGGAUUCUUUUGGAGACUGGAAACAACUUUCAAGCUACUUGUCACAAAGUGUCAUUGAACGCCUUGAGCCAAUUGGUGGAGAAAUUACAAUUGCAUUGGAGGCAUCAUGGAUGGAUAGAGCUCCCCAAACAGAUAUGGAGAGACGAUUGAUGGAACAACUUAGAGAAGACAAAUUUGCAAAGAAAGCCCCUGCACAGCCUGAGAGGAGAGGAUGCUAUUACACAACUAUUCCCGCUUCGGUUAAGCACAGAAACAUUUCUGCAGAUGAGCUGACUUUGCUGAACUUGGACAGAACAAGCUUGCUGGAGACUGUCCUGGCCAAAAGUUAUCAAGGCCAAGAAGAUUUACUCUUGGGGGAGCUGCAGUUCUCUUUCAUAGCGUUUAUGAUGGGACAGUCGCUGGAGGCGUUUAUGCAGUGGAAAGCAUUAGUCAGUCUUCUUUUGAGCUGCAGUGAAGCUCCACUUCAUACAAGGACGCAAAUGUUUGUAAAGUUUAUAAGGGUUAUUUACUAUCAAUUCAAGCAUGGCUUUCAACGCACACAUGAUUCCAGAAGUAGUGAAGACAAGGGCAACUCUUUGUUUCUGGAUGAAGCAUGGUUCUCAAGAGACAUAUUUCUUUACCGGCUUUCCAAGGAUUUCUUAGCGGUAAUAUUUGAAGCUCAAGUCGUGGAUGGAGACCUUCUGUCGUGGGCUAGGAAACUUAAGACGCUCCUGGAGACCACGUUCGGAUGGGAUCUCGAGAACAACGCGGCGAACCUUAUCGAUGAGGACGACGAGUUUGCUCCGGUGGUCGUGGAAAUGGACGGCUCCUAGGCAGCGUUAUGUACUACUACGGAAUCUCACGAGGAUGGUGCGUUGCGAAUUUCACACCUGUUAGUUACCAUGUCAAAACCGCACGCACGGUUGGUUGAGGAUCGUUCGGUGGCCUAGUUUGCUUGCA